CUUUUCUAUUAAAACGAGUAACACGAUUUCUUCAAUUUCACGAAUCCUUUUCAAAUGCGGCAAAUUUUUUACUUUGGAUUAAUUCUUACUAUAUUCCGAAAGCAAAGGACUGAGUAAUCAAUGGCGUCGUCAGUGUUGAACAGCAGCAUCUCAAUCUCCGUCUCCGACGACGACGAUGAAGAUCCCUCAACCCGUAUGCGGGUUCCGAUCCGCCGUAAGCGCAAGAAACCCGGUCCAAGGGGCAGGCCGGACUUCACCCGAAAAAUCCUCACUAAACUCUUCAAGUGGUGGCCGGCCCUCCUCCUCCUCUUCGCCACCGCCCUCCUAGUUUACGAGGCUUUCAAAAUCGGCGGCGCCGAUAGUCGGAGUCCGCCGCGAGCUAAGAAAUCCGAAAAUGUAGCUGCUCAGAUUAGCGAUACUAAACCCCAAGGGAACUUGAACAAGCUCGAUCCCACCACCCGCGUUGUUGGCGGCGUUAGAGAGCGGUGUUUGAAGCUCCUACCUCCAGAGAAACUUCAGAUUUUGAAAAUUCCCAAUGAUAAAGACUCCAACAGUCCGAUAAAAGAGCUGGUUUAUGCAAGGGCGACUGAUAGAGUCAGUGAAGAGCGGAACUUCAACUUAUCCACAGUAUAUUUGGAGGGUACAAGAUUUAAUUUAUUCACAGGAAACCAAACUCUCGAGCAGAGAGAACACUCUUUUAAGGUGACUGAAAGAACUGAGGUCCACUGUGGCUUCUAUAGUGAAGGAGGAGGUUUUAGGGUUUCUGAUGAAGACAAAAGCUACAUGAAUACUUGCAAAGUUGUAGUCUCUACGUGCGCGUUUGGUGGUGGUGACGAUCUUUAUCAACCUAUAGGAAUGUUUGAAACCUCACUUCAGAAGGUUUGCUAUGUGGCGUUCUGGGAUGAAAUUACACUUGCAACACAGGAAGCGCAGGGGAACAAGGUUGAUGAAAGCCGUUUUAUUGGGAAAUGGCGUAUUUUAGUAGUAAGGGAUUUGCCUUUCAGAGACCAAAGAUUGAACGGUAAAAUACCAAAGAUGCUUGCCCAUCGUCUUUUCCCAAAUUCUAGAUACUCCAUUUGGGUGGACUCGAAGUCCCAGUUCAGGAGGGACCCACUCGGUGUGUUGGAGGCCUUACUUUGGCGUUCAAAUCACGAACUUGCAAUUUCAGAACACGGGGCCCGCAGUAGCGUGUACGACGAGGCAAAGGCUGUAGUGAAGAAAAAUAAAGCCACUCCAGAAGAAGUCGAGGUUCAGUUGACACAGUACCGCCAAGACGGGCUUCCAGAGGAUAAGAGGUUUAAAGGAAAGAAAGCACUAGCCGAGGCUUCGAUAAUCGUGAGGAAGCAUACUCCAUUGACGAAUUUGUUCACGUGCAUUUGGUUCAAUGAGGUGGUUCGUUUCACUUCUCGAGAUCAACUGAGCUUUCCUUAUGUACUGUGGCGGCUCAAAGAGUUUAAGAGAAUCAAUAUGUUCCCCGUGUGCACCAGAAAGGAUCUCGUCAAUAGUAUGGGUCAUAUACGCAAGGCGAAGCCUCUCACAAAUUGAUUCCUUAAGGUCUUUUCCCAGGAGUUAGGUAUAAUUCUUUUUUUUUUUUCAUUUAUCCGAUUGAGUUUCAUAUUCGAGAGCAAAUCUAUCCUGAUUCUUGAAAAGGGUUAAAUUUAUGAUAUUGGUUCUUACACAUAGGAGUAUUGUUUGUUA